AUGGCGACAUUCCAGCGCAGCGAUGACGACAGGCAGUCUCCAUUUGAGUGUAGUGAAUACGUGAUUGAUGACUACGAUGCUGAUGUGCACCGUGCACGGGUGCUCUCGGUCGGUUUGAAAGAUGCGAUUACCAGGGAUCGAUUGUCGCCUUGGUCUUGGAAGAUGCUCCGGCUGUAUGGGAUUGUGCUUCUCACAACGCUAAACUGUUGUAUGAACGGUUACGAUGGCAUGCUCAUGUCCUCUGUCAAUGCCAUGGAUUCCUUCCACAACCACUUCGGAACAGAUAUGCAGGGCAGCCAAACAGGCAUUUUGUUCUCCAUCUAUGCUAUCGGUACCCUUGCCGGGGCCGCUGUCGCGGCUCCUGCGUCAGACACGUUCGGGCGUCGCUUUGGCAUGUCCGUCGGGUCAAUGUUGAUCAUUGUCGGAGCAGGCCUCGAAGCGGCGGCAAACGAACUAAGUCAGUUCAUCGGGGGCCGAUUCCUCAUCGGUAUGGGGGUCAACUUGGCGAAUACGGCUGCAGUAAUUUACCUGGUCGAGAUUGCCCUGCCGCAAUGGCGAGGUACUUUCGGGGGGCUGUAUAAUGUAGUCGGGUAUUAUACCGGAUCACUGUCAUGCACUUGGAUUGCUUACGGAACCGGGUUUCUCGCCACAAACUGGAGCUGGCGAAUCCCCGUCAUUAUCCAGGCAGUCCCGCCAUUCAUUGUCAUGACCUGUGCAUGGUUGAUGCCCGAAAGUCCACGGUGGCUCUUCGCCAACAACAAAGCGGAGGAGGCUCGCGAGAUGCUGAUUAAGUACCAUGGCAUGGGGGAUCCCGACUCAUCCCUGGUAGCAUACGAAUGCAACGAAAUCGAAGCUGACGUUCGGUUUGAGGCGGAUCUGGGCGGCCGUCGAUGGUGGGACUAUAAGGUUUUGUUCAGCUCACGCGAGAUGCUGUAUCGGAUGUGGUUGUUGUUCUUGGUGUGCAUCUUCUCCCAGUUUAUCGGGGGGUCGGUCAUUGCGUAUUAUUUGCCCGUGAUGUUAGAAAAUGCAGGCAUCAAGAGCCAGUCACAACAACUACUCCUCAACGCUAUGAACAACGUCUUUGGUUUUGUCAGUGGCAUUUGCGGUAGCUUCACUGUCGACCACUGGGGCCGUCGCACGCUGUUCUUGUACGGAACGUUCAUCACAGGCCUCAUCUACAUCCCCAUCAACGUGAUAGCCUCUUUUGAUGCCGACAACAUUACCACCAGUAUGGGGUACGGGUUCAUCGCCUGCAUUUUCCUGUAUGGGAUUGUGUAUGCCUUCUGCUGGACCCCGCUACAGACUCUUUACCCGGCGGAAAUCCUGCCCAACCAUGCCCGUGCUAAGGGUAUGGCUUUUCAAUCCAUUGUAUAUGGGGCGUCGAGCUUUAUCAAUCUGUAUGCGACACCGACGGGAUUGUCGACAAUCGGGUGGAAGAUGUACACCAUAUUUAUGGUGUUCCAUUUUCUGGAAUAUGUUUUCAUGUUCUUCACCCUCCCAGAAACUAAAGGCCGGACGAUCGAGGAACUAGAGGUCUUGUUUGGGGCACGCAAUCCAGUCAAAGCAUCAUUGCAGAGAUAUGAGGUGAUCUUUCGAGAAGGAGGGGGAGUAAAGAUGCUCGAUUAG